GGGGCGGCCCCGUCUUCAGGCCCUCAGCUCCGCGGCCCAGCCCGCCUGGCGCGCCCCGACUGUGCGAAAUGGCCGACCCGGACGGGGCCAGAGUCUCCCCGCUCACCGCCCGCCGCCCCGGAAAGGGGCGCGGGGCCCGCAAGUGGAGUGUGGAGCGGAAAGGGCGCCUCAGCGUGCUGGGGACGCUGAGGUUUGAGGGGGACGGAGAGGCGGCCAUUAGCAGCCUGUGGUCCUGGAGUGCCAGGGAAAGGGAAGGGGGCUCGACGAGGAAACGCCGAGACUGAGGGGACAGAGAAAAGGCCCAAGACGUGGAAGGGAGUGAACCUCCGCUGGGUGCAACUCGCCAUCCUGGAAAACAGAGACUGCACGUGGCCUACUUAGGGAGAGGUGGAGGCAGGCGUUUGGAGAAAGAAGGAAAUAGCACGGCGGCUCCGGGAAGAGAAGAGGGGAGAUGAGCAACGUAAGGCACAGAGAGGCUGAGAAACUUGACCAAGCUUACACAACUAAUAAGUGCCAGAACUGACUCCAGAGUCCCUAUGUCUGGCUCCUACGAGCGAUGAGAUACCACAUUGAAUGAACAAAGAGUGAACUUUUACAGAUACCUUUUGUAAAAGACGUAUGUGGAGUAGUGAUGUAGUUUGAACCACGAAGGAUUUCACAUUAUGAGCUCCUCAGUUAUUGCACAUUCUCACUAUUUGGGGAAAGUUCAUGUUAGAAAACUGAACCGAUUAAUGGAUGAAUAUGAUAAGAUUUCUCCACCAAGUUCUCAGCCUGAUAAGGAGAAUCCCUUGUUGUUAACCUGAUGAAGCAUUCAAAGAAGACAUAUGACUCUUUUCAAGAUGAACUUGAAGAUUAUAUCAAAGUGCAGAAAGCCAGAGGCUUAGAGCCAAAGACUUGUUUCAGAAAGAUGAGAGAAGACUAUUUGGAAACAUGUGGGUACAAAGAAGAGGUUGAUUCCAGACCCAGGUAUAGAAUGUUUGAUCAAAAACUCCCAUCUGAAACUGUCCAGACCUACCCAAGAUCAUGCACUAUUUCACAAACAGUGGAAAACCGGUUAGCUCAGUGGCUACCAGCUCAUGACAGCAGGUGGAGACUAGACUCCCUGACCUGCUGUCAAUUCACCAGGGACUGUUUCUCAGAAAAACCAGUACCCCUGAACCUUAGUCAGCAAGAGUAUAAUAAUUGUAGCUCAUACAAGGUAGAAUCUGGUUACAAACACCUCUCCUCAGAAAACAGUUCCAAUGCCCAUCAAGCCAGUCAUAAACAGAUACAUCAGAAGAGAAAAAGGCACCCAGAGGAAGACAGAGAAAAACCAAAGGAGGAGCGGCCCAAGCAUAAGAGGGAAAAAAGUUGUGAGGAAAUAGAUUCAGACAAACACAAGAGCAUCCAAAGAAACAAAAAAGAGGUAGAAACAGUCAGGGUCAGUACACAAAAGCUUAAGAAUCGAAAGGAGAAAAAAAGUCAAGAUGUAGCCUCUAAGAAAGAGGAACGUAAGCAUAGAAAAGAGAAAAAGGAAGAAGGCAAAGAAAGAACAGAGGAGGAAAUGCUUUGGGACCAGUCUAUCCUUGGAUUUUGAAUCUCUUGAGUUGGUUCUCCUGAGGUUAAAUUGAAAAAAUAGUUGAGGACCUUGGUUUUAUGAUGUUCAUGUUCAUAUCACUUUUCGCAUGUGAACAGGUAUUUUAACUUCUAACAAAGGCCAAGUGAACAGAAAGUAUUUAGUAUGUUUACUCUCCAACAUAGAAAUUACUUUUCCUCAUUUUUUUUUUUUUUUGUGAGAAAGAUUAGCUCUGAGCUAACAUCUGUUGCCAAUCUUCCUCUUUUUGCUGAGGAAGAUUGGCCUUGGGCUAACAUCAGUGCCCAUCUUCCUCUACUUUAUAUGGGACGCCACCACAGCAUAGCUUGACAAGCAGUGCAUCGGUGAGCGCUGGGAUCCAAGCCUGCGAACCCAGGGCUGCUGCAGCGGAGUGCGCGCACCUAGCUACUACGCCUCUGGGCCGGCCCCUACUUUUCCUCAUUUUCUAAAAGCAUUAUUACAUUGUUCUUACAUAUAAUGUAAUUUCUCUUCAUGAGAGUAGCUCUGCUUUUAUUCAUCAAAUUGCUAUGAUGGUGGAAGUAUUUUUUUCUCAGGAGGUCAUUUAUUUUAAAUUGGAGGAUUAAUGGGCUUUGCAGAAUCUAUUUCUUGUUUGGGUUUGUUAUAGUUUGGUGUGGGGUAUUUUCAUAUUCAUUAGUUUUCUCUAUGAGGCAAUUUAGAUUGAUUUUUUUUUCCUUUGUUAGAUCUAACUUGCAGUGUAUUUUCUAGAUUGGAAAGUGGAAAAUGAAAUACAUUAUAAUAAUAAUGAUUAAUAAUAAUUAUUUUAUUUUAAAACUAUAGGUUACCUAUAGUUUUAAAAGUUUCAAAGAAUCUUUAUACAAAAUCAGUUUAUAUUCUGCAAAUGUUUAUAAUAAAUUGUUCUAAUUUCUGCA